AUGAAAAAGGUGAAUGUUAUAAAUAACUUUGAUGAGCAAAUAAAAUCAUUAAAUGAUAACAAUAUACCAUAUAAAUAUUAUAACCCUUCACAUAACAUAAAUAUUCGUAAUUAUUUAAGUUCAAAUGAUAUUAAAUAUAAGUGUAAACCUAAUUCUUAUUUAAGCCUUAAUGAAUUAGUAGAAUUUGUUGACAAUUUAAAUAAUUCUAAGAAUGAUAACAUAAAUUACAUAAUUAAUGAUUAUGAUAAUAGUAAUAUUGAAAUAAUAGAUGGGAAAGUAAACAGUAAUGAAAAAUAUAUUAAGGAAAAUUCAGAAAAUUAUGAAGGUUUUAAUAACAAAAAUUUAAUAAAUGAAAAUAAUACGCUUAAACUAGUAAAUGACACUUACAAUUGUCACACUAAUUAUACUAAAAAUUCCAACGUUAUCUAUACAUUAAGUAAUGAAAUAUCUAAUUCAAGUGAGAAUAAAAACAUAAUACAUAAUAAAAUAAAUAUCCAGACUUCCUCUAUAUCUAACAUUAACAAUGAUAAUAAUUUGUUAAAAGACCUGUUAAAAUGUAGAAGCACUUUAUCAAAGAAGAAUAAUAUUAAAGAUCCUGAAAAAUUAAUAAGUACAAAAAACUUAAAAUUGAUGUUAUUACAUCGACCUAAGUCUAUUGAUGAUAUCAGGAAUUUGAAUUUAACUGGUUUCGGUGAAGAUAAAAUAAAAAAAUAUGGGUAUGAUUUUUUAAAAGUUUUUUUAUCUAACUAUUAA